CAGACGCAUGCAUGAUGCAUCGAGCCCCCCCAGCUCGCAGUCGCACCGGAGGAAUGCUAACUGGAGAGCCACGCCUGCCGCGGAGGACCGGGACUAACUACGAGCUGCCGCGGCCGUUCCUGGUGCAGGUCCAGGGUAGAGAGAGAGAGAGGGGAUGGUGUGAGGGAGGGAAGGGAGCAAAGGCAAAGCAGCCAACGACCAGAGAGACACGGAGGCUCAGAGAGAGAGAGCGAGGAAGAAGAAGAGAAGAAGAAGAUGGAGCAAGAGGAAGCGUGCUCCUCCUCGCUGCGGCAGUGCAGGAUUUGCCACGACGAGGAGGACGAGCGGCGCUCCGCCAUGGAGUCGCCCUGCGCCUGCUCCGGCUCCCUCAAGUACGCUCACAGGGGAUGCGUGCAGAGGUGGUGCGACGAGAAGGGAAGCGCCGUCUGCGAGAUUUGCCUCCAGAACUUUGAGCCAGGCUACACCGUUCCUCCCAAGAAAACCCAACCUGCUGAUGUCGCGGUGACCAUCAGAGACAGCGUGGGGGUGCCCAGGCCGCAGCACGAGCCUGAAGAGGAGGAGGAGCAGGAGCUGGUGGACGUGGCGUUGAUCGGAGCCAGCGACCCGGAGUACGCCGAGUGCGCGCGCGCCGCCGGCAGGAGCGCGUCCUGGUGCCGCUCGGUGGCCGUCACGUUCACGGUCGUCCUGCUGCUGAGGCACCUGGUCACCGUGGUCACGGUCGGGGCGGCCAACCAGUUCGCCUUCGGCCUCCUCACGGUAUACUUGCUGCGGGCGAGCGGGAUCCUGCUUCCGUUCUACCUCGUCAUGAGGCUCAUCUCCGUGAUACAGCAGGGGCAGAGGCAGUACCGCCUCCGGCUGCUCCAGGAGCAGAGGAGACACGCGUUGAGGUCGGGCCGGCUGCACGGCCAGGAACAGCAACAACAGCAUGUCAUCCUGGUUCGCUGAGGAACGAGCCAUUCAUUCACCUUGCCUUGGUGUCCAUACAUUCCAUUCAUCCGUCGUACGCGUACAAGGUUGUAAGAUGUACCGCUCCAUUUUUUUCUUUUUGUUCAGGCCUUUACAAGCCUAAAAAAAGCUUAUAUGUACCACCACUUCAUUUGUAAACCCUCAAAAUUUGUUGCUGAGAAGAUCGACAUAUCAUGUAUAGAAUUGUAAAAAGAAACAAACAAAAAAAAAGGGGAAAAGAGAACUGGCGCAAUGUUCGAUUA